AUGUCUGGAAAACCAGUUUGCAUUUCUGAUUUUGAAGAGUAUGCUAAAAAAUUUCUCCCAAAAUCAGUGUAUGAUUAUUACAAAUCCGGAGCAGAUGACCAGGAAACGUUAGCAGAUAAUGUAGCAGCAUUUUCAAGAUGGAAGCUGUACCCCCGGGUCCUCAGGGAUGUGUCAGUAAUGGACCUGUCAACUUCAGUCUUAGGGCAGAAAAUCAGCAUGCCAGUCUGUGUCGGAGCAACUGCGAUGCAGCGUAUGGCUCACACUGAUGGAGAGACGGCUACUGCUAAAGCCUGCCAUGCAAUGGGGACAGGGAUGAUGCUGAGCUCCUGGGCCACCUCCUCCAUCGAAGAAGUUGCUGAAGCAGCUCCAGCUGGCCUUCGCUGGCUGCAGCUCUACGUCUACAAGGACCGGGAGGUUACCAAAUCCCUUGUGAAGCGUGCGGAGAAAGCAGGUUACAAAGGGAUCUUUGUGACAGUGGACACGCCAUUCCUCGGCAGGCGCAUCGACGAUGUGCGCAACAAGUUCCAGCUUCCUCCCCACCUCCGUAUGAAAAACUUUCCAAGCAACAACCCGGUAUUCACCUCAGGGAAAGACUUUGGAGAAAAUAGUAGCCUGGCUGUGUACGUAGCUGAGGCGAUUGAUGCAAGCCUCAACUGGGAGGACAUCAGAUGGCUUCGGGAGCUGACCUCACUGCCCAUCGUUGUGAAAGGAAUCCUCAGGGCUGAUGAUGCUAAAGAAGCUGUAAAAAUUGGGGUAAAUGGUAUCCUAGUGUCAAAUCAUGGGGCACGACAGCUUGAUGGGGUCCCUGCAACUAUUGAUGUCUUGCCUGAAAUCGUUGAGGCUGUGGAAGGGAAAGUGGAGGUGUUCCUAGACGGUGGUAUAAGAAAAGGCACAGAUAUUCUCAAAGCAUUAGCUCUUGGUGCCAAAGCCGUAUUCAUCGGAAGACCUCUCAUCUGGGGCUUGGCUUAUCAAGGUGAAGAAGGAGCAAAAGAAGUUCUCCAGAUGCUGAAGGAAGAGUUUCGCCUGGCAAUGGCACUGACAGGAUGCCAGAGAGUAGAAGAAAUUGGCAGGACACUGAUACGAAGACAUCAAGUAUCGUUUUCCAAGAUUUAG